GCAACGCUAAGGAUGACCGCUGCCGAUAAAACCUCAAAGAAGAAGAAGUGGAAGCGGAAGUGACGAGCAUGUCGGAAGUUAUCGCCAGCGAAAACAACAACGCGCCAAAUUUGUGCUGAAGUCACUGCAGUCGCUGCCUGAAACACAUGAAAAAGUUUGUCGAGUAAAUUUGCAAAACGCGGCUGGCUGAGGAAGACAGGUAGCAUGGCGGUACCUUUUGUGCAGGACUGGGACCUUGUUCAGACACUGGGAGAAGGAGCCUACGGAGAGGUGAGGCUGCUGGUGAACAGGCAGACGGAGGAGGCAGUUGCAGUGAAGGUGAUCGAUACCUCCCAGGCUAAAGAGUGUGCUGAAAAUGUCAAGAAGGAGGUCUGCGUCCAUAAGAUGCUCAAUCACCCCAACAUUGUACGGUUUUUUGGCCAUCGGAAGGAAGGGCCGACUGUGUACCUCUUCCUGGAGUACUGCACCGGUGGAGAGCUUUUCGACCGAAUCGAGCCUGAUGUGGGAAUGGCAGAAAAAGAUGCUCAUAGAUUUUUCCAGCAGCUCAUAGCAGCUGUGGAGUACCUCCACAGUGCUGGCAUUACCCACAGAGACAUAAAGCCGGAGAACAUUUUGCUGGAUGACAAAGAUAACCUGAAGCUGACAGAUUUCGGCCUGGCCACGAUGUUUCGUUUCAAAGGACGAGAACGUCUUCUAUGUAGACUCUGUGGGACGCUUCCAUACGUGGCUCCGGAGCUUCUCAGCCAAACGGAGUACAAAGCUCAGCCGGCGGAUAUCUGGGCUUGUGGGAUAGUCCUCACGGCCAUGCUGGCUGGAGAGUUACCAUGGGACCAGCCCACUGAGACCUGUCAAGAGUACUCAGAUUGGAUUCAAAAGAAAACCUAUCUACCUCCUUGGAAGAAAAUACAACCAGUGCCUCUUAGUUUGUUGUCCAAAUUACUGCUGGCCAGUCCAGAUGCACGCAUCAGCAUCACAGACAUACAGAAAGACCGCUGGUUUACUCAAGCUGUAAAACAGCCACCAGGUUCUCUGGGCUCAGGAGGAAACAAACUUCUUCGAUCAGAUGUGGGACUCAAAUCCCGUUCCAACAGUGAUGACAGGAUGCAGUUUUCCAGCUCUCAGCCUGACCUCGCAGCAGGUGGCUGGGAAGCCAUGUUGUUAAUCAGUCAGACUGACGGUCAAGUCAGCUUCUCCCAGCCGACCAAGCCGGAGCACAUGCUGCUGGGUAGUCAACUACUGGGCACGCCAGGAGCCAGUCAGUCGCCGUGGCAGAGAUUAGUGCGGAGAAUGACGCGUUUCUUCACUGCUGUGAAUGCUGAUGCAUCAUUAUCUGCCCUGAAAGACACCUGUGACGGACUGGCACUUGGCUUCAAGCUCACCUGCGCCAAACAGGUGACGGUGAGCACCCUGGACAAGCGCAAUAACAAGCUCAUCUUCAAAGUCCAUUUGCUAGAGAUGAAUCAGAGAGUGCUGCUGGACUUCAGACUGUCUAAGGGUGACGGUCUGGAGUUUAAACGUCUCUUUGUGAAGAUAAAACAGAAGCUUGGCGACAUCAUCAGCACUCAGAAGGUUUUACUUCCCGUCACAUGAGCAGCUUCGUCCUCACAGUUUCUGGUGUCUACUGCCAUUGACAUUGGAGAGAAAACCUGUAUAUAUUUAUUUGUUCUACUGAUGUUUUAAAUGUGUUCUGUUGUUUUCUGUCUGUGUUCUGGUUCUUGUUUUCAUUUACUUCUAUUAUGUGAGAGAAGUGGCUGCAACGACCUUGGUCAUUGCAGCCACUUCUCACUUGUUAAAGGAGCAAUAAUGUUGUUUGCUGUUAGAAUCAGAACAAGAUCAAAACCUGUGUGUGUCUGUGUGUCUGCGUCUCCAUGUUCUGUCUAUGAAAAGGCUGAUUGUUGAUGAUACAGUCCGAAGUCUUGAAUAAAUUAUCGAAAGACCAACAUUGCAAACUAAA